CAUGUCCAGUUGGACAACUGUAAUUUCGAGGGAGCUCAGCUGCAGGUCCGAGGGCCAGGAACCUGCCACGCCCGCUUCUGCUCAUUCUCACAGGGAAGCUCCACCCACUUCCUGGGCGUGGCCCUCAGCCUAUUGGAUAGCUGUGAUUUCUCAGGAAGUGAUUCGGCGUCCGUGACGGUUGAGGGCGCUCCAGUGACAGAGCGGAACUGGGCCUGUAAACAUCUGGCCGCUCUGGCCCGAAUCUCCACAUCCUGGGCCUCGCCUGGGAGUGGUAGCCCAGCUGGAGACACCCUGGGCGGGCAUUCUGGAGCCACACAGCCCCCUGGGGUUACCGUCACCCUGGAGGACUGGAGGAAAGGAGAAACGGAGAGGAGGAGGAGGAGAGGAGGAGGAGGGGGGGAGGAAGGAGUGUGUCAGGAUACGGUGAUUGAGGACGGCUGGAGCGACAGCGCUCCUAGCGAGGAGGAGGAGGAGGAAGAGGAGGAAAGAGGAGAGCAAGGUUCAGGACAAGGCAACAAAGUCUAAACUACAGACUGGCUCACAGUCACCACAGCCUCUCUCAUCUCCUCAGACCCAACCAGGACGACAGCCACCCCCCCUCCUCCCCCGACUCUCCCCCCGCUGACCCCUGACAUCCGAACCCUGACCGAGGAGCUGCAACACGACCCCGGAGCCCAGAGCGCUGGUCGAGACAGUGCAGGGUUGCGUGCUGAGGCGCUGCCUGUUCCGGGACGGGAAGGGCGGCGUGCACGUUUGUAACCACGGAAACGCCCGGCUGGAAGGAAACGUGUUCCGGGGGCUGACCUAUGCGGUGCGCUGCGUCCAGAACACCACGGUAACCAGACAGGGUUGCCCGAUCUGAUCGGUCGGUUGGUUGAUCGAUGGGUCGGGUUGAGUGAUAUAUGUCCUGCCUGUUAACUGGAUGUGUUUUUAGAUAGUAAUGUUGAUCAAAGAUGAUUUGUGUUCCAGAUGGUGAUGCUCCGUAACGAGGUGUGUGAGUGUCGUGCGUCGGGGGUGUUCCUGCGCCUGUCGGCUCAGGGUCUGAUCGCUGACAACAACAUCCACUCCAACGGGGAGGCGGGGCUUGACAUCCGCAAGGGGGCGGACCCCAUCAUCCUGGUAGCUCUAGUUCAUUCUGUUUCUAUCUGCAACGUUCAGUGGGUUUCACAUCCCUGAUGGUCUAUAUAUCUAUCCUGUGGGUUUCACAUCCCUGAUGUCUAUAUAUCUAUCCUGUGGGUUUCACAUCCCUGAUGGUCUAUAUAUCUAUCCUGUGGGUUUCACAUCCCUGAUGGUCUAUAUAUCUAUCCUGUGGGUUUCACAUCCCUGAUGGUCUAUAUAUCUAUCCUGUGGGUUUCACAUCCCUGAUGUCUAUAUAUCUAUCCUGUGGGUUUCACAUCCCUGAUGGUCUAUCUAUCCUGUGGGUUUCACAUCCCUGAUGGUCUAUAUAUCUAUCCUGUGGGUUUCACAUCCCUGAUGGUCUAUCUAUCCUGUGGGGUUUCACAUCCCUGAUGGUCUAUAUAUCUAUCCUGUGGGUUUCACAUCCCUGAUGGUCAUUAUAUCUGUUUCCUCUCUAGUACACAGCAGCUUGUCAAAUGGGUGUCAAAUCAUAUGUCUUUCAUCUGGUAGAAGUUAGAGGGACAUGGUGAUCUAAAAUAACAACUGAUCAAACUUUCUCUCUCUCUCUCUCUCUCUCUCUCUCUCUCUCUCUCUCCUCUCUCUCUCUCUCCUCCAGUCUCUCCUCUCUCCUAUUCUCUCUCUCUCUCGUUCUCUCCUCUCCUCUCUUCUCCUCUCCUCCUCGUCUCUGCUCUCCUCUCUCUCCUCUCCCUCUUUCCCCGUCCAUUUUACUCUUCGUAUAAUCAGGUAAACAAAGCGGUUUUGGCGUUCCGGCAUCGUGGUCCUUGGCAACGGGAGGGGUUCCAUCCGUAGCAACCAGAUCUAUAACAACAAGGGCGGGAGUCUACAUCCUUUCAACGGAACCCUG